AUGCCAUUUGUUCAAUCAUGCGGGUCCGAAACCCCGAAUGAGUGUAGUGCACUACUUCCCAGGACUAGAAACCGUGAAGUUUACAAUGAAUCUAAUGAGAACGAUGGGAACCGCGAAGACUGCGAUAUUGAGCCAUCAAACCUCAGCAGUCAACCAAAUACAGUCGAUCAAAAUAGCGCUCCACUAAAUCCUGGCACUCGAUGGCCCUCAAUUUCGUCUAUCAUAUUUUUAGGACUUUUAAUGUUAACGAUCAUGCUGUCUGCUUACAUAUUACCUGCGGCGCUACAAAUUUACGCCAAAGAAGCCAUUGUCAUUGAGCCUAUCAGAAUUUCACUUGAAUCUAUUACAGAGACAGGUCUAGAGUCUCGUAUUCAAGCUAAUGUUAGAGUUGAAGCCGCAAGGGUGCAGAAUCCCUACACUAGAAAGAUUGGAAUAAUUUGCUCUUGGCUUCUUAUGCAGGUUGGUACCCAAGAAGCAAGAGUUGACCUCUAUCUAGCGGGGUAUAAUGGUCUACCUGUUAGUAACCUUGUGAUACCGGGCCUUAAAAUGGACGUCCGAAACGGACAUUCAAAGCUUCUUGACUUUAAAGCUCAUCUCUCCAUCAGAAACCCACAAAGCUUAAAGUUAUUUGCGGGUGACUGGAUAAGGGGCAAAAUUGAACAGAUACACAUUAUUGCUAAAACAGAGCUCUUCUUCAGAUCUGGAAUUCUAUCUCUCGGAUCCCAAUCUAUAUCUCAAUCUAUUUUCAUCAAAGGGCCCAAUAUCCCAUCAAUCCAUGAAAAUACGACAAGCCUCAACCUUUAUGAAGUUCCAAUAUCUGGCGAUUCCACCCACAGUUUGGCUGCAAGAAUGCUCACAUCUUUUAAAAAUGAUUAUAACAUCGAGAUUGAAAUCCCUUCAUUAGAGAUUGAGGUUCUUGUACCCGGUUGCGGCAAGGAAGAUUAUAUAAGGCUCCUAUAUGCCAAGUCUAAUCCUAUUCAUGUAGAUCCACAAUCACAGAUACAUAUCAUAGUUGAUGGAAUGAUGAAGAAAUUACCAGCAUCUCUGAUGGAAUCAUGCCCCAAGUCCACUUUGUCACCCUUAGACGCUUUGAUGUGGAAAUAUAUACAUGGUUAUGGUAUUACUACUCUCGUACGAGGGACAAAACACCCCGACAAACAAGCUCCCAAUUGGCUAGUUGAGCUUCUGUCGAGUAUUACUGUUCCUCUCACAUUUCCAAGCCUUAACAUGAGUAAGAACUUCGGGAACUUUUCCAUCAAGGAUAUGGAGUUUCAUCUUCCAGAUAUAAUCCCUAAUCCGGGCUUUGGAAACACUAGCCCUCAUGUAUCUGGCCUCGUCGAAGUAGCUGCCAGCCUACCGAAAGAGAUAAACUUUGGAUUAAAUGUAACAAAAAUCCGAGCUACAAGCAAAGUAUUGUUUGAAAACCGAAAAUUCGGAGAUAUAUAUGUCCGGAAUUGGCAACAUGCGAGUUCGGCACAAGUGAGAGGACCGAAUAAACAGGGAUCUUCCCUAUACGUUCAAUCGUACAUCAAGGACGCUCCUAUCGAAAUAACGGAUAAUGUUGUAUUCAAGGAUGUCGUUCAAGCUCUUUUAAUUGAAGGGCGAAAUGUUUCACUACAAAUUAUUGCCCUUGUCGAUAUCUAUGUUUCAACAGUCCUUGGCGAGGUGACCUUGACUAAUUUACCUGGGGAGGGAUUUGUACCAGUAAAGAUUUAG